AUGGUACGUUUGGUAAUGCUGACAUGCAUUGAAGUCUUACGCUCGUGCCGGACCCCAGCACGGCGAAGGGGACCGUGAUAACAUCACGAAUCUGAUUGUGGGAACGCCAUUCUCCAUCUUGUUGUCUGAGCUAGUGGCGCACCACUCAUGGAAGGAGCCAUCUCCAGCGGCCGGCCAAACACGAGGAUUGCCGUCGUCACCGGCGGCAACAAGGGGAUCGGCUUCGAGGUGUGCCGGCAACUAGGCAGCCAUGGGGUCACCGUCGUUCUGACGGCCCGGGACGAGACGAGGGGCGCGGAGGCAGUCGAGAAGCUCAGAUCGCUGGGGGUCGCCGACCUCAUUUUCCAUCAGCUGGACAUCACGGACACUUCCAGCAUUGCUACACUGGUCGAUUUCCUGAAGAUCCGUUUCGGCAAACUAGACAUUCUGGUGAACAAUGCCGCAAUCGGUGGGGUUGAGUUCCUCCAAGAACUCGAUGCCAGCGAGGAAAAGUUUGCUGGCAUGGAUUCCGAUCAGAUGCUCGAAUGGAUGGUGAAGAACGUCCGUGAGCCCAUCGACGGUGCAAAGAAAGGCCUGCAGACUAACUACUACGGCACGAAGCACGUAACCGAGGCCCUCCUGCCUCUGCUGCAAUCUUCUUCCGAUGGAAGAAUUGUGACCAUCUCCUCCCAGUUUGGCCUGCUGCGGCUUAUCAGCAACGAGGAGGUGAGGCAGGAGUUCAGUGACAUCGACAACCUGACAGAGGAGAGGCUGGACGAGCUGCUGGACAAGUUCCUCGAGGACUUCGAGGCCGACGCGCUGGAGGCGCGCGGGUGGCCCACGGGGUACUCGGCCUACAAGGUUGCCAAGGCUGCCAUGAACGCCUACUCGAGGAUGCUGGCGAGGAGGCACCCCGCUCUGCGCGUCAACUGCGCGCAUCCAGGCUACGUCAGGACAGGACUGACCAUGAGCUCGGGUGUCCUGACGCCCGAGGAGGGCGCACGCAACGUGGUGAAGGUGGCGCUGCUGCCGGACGGCGGGCCGACCGGCAAGUACUUCGCCCAGGGCGAGGAGGCAUCGUUCGUGUGAGGUGCCUGACGGCUGGCGGUGCGCGCACGGUCCGGUCCGGCCGUCUGCCGAUGAGCUAGCCAGCUCUCUCAUCACAGUGCCUGCCGUGUUAGGUGUGGUUUGAGACUGAGAAUAACGAACGGGAUUUGGCAUUUGCGUUGAUGAAUUGGACUAUCUGUGGUAGAUCGUUACGUGCUCAGAGCCUCAGACCGAUUGUAGCGAUAUUUGUAGCCUCAGAGCAACUCCACCGCCCUCAUCCAUUUUGAGUGCGCGUAUCCGAAACGUCAAAUUCAAAUAGACGGGUGUACGCUUUUUGUCUGCA